AUGACCUUUUACGAUGGAUGCGGGACUAUGCUGGUAGUGGUUACAAGAGCUAAGGAUGAGGCGCACGAGCAGGUCCUACCCUCGUCGUACCCUCACCCAUACAGACUACCCACGCGACCAUCGAACAAUCAAUCUCGUACACACACACAUCACGAAUGUUCACAUGUGACCAUCUUUCCAGAAAAACAAGGUGUUCGCCACAGAAAGCGCCACCUUCAUGAAAUUCCCUACGCGCCCGUGGCACCCAGUGCUGACUAUCCACGCGCUCAAAUCCAGACGCUAUUCGAAUCGCCCGGCACGUCCACCCAUCUAUCCUAA